AUGCCCAUGUUCCAUGCAGGUCUGUACGUGUGCUGCUGUAAAAAGGGAAAUUAUGAUCAGUAUGUAAAGACUCGCCUGGAACUAGAAGAAAAUCAAAUGAAGCGAUUCCACUGGGAGCAGGACCAGAUUGCCCAUAUGAAGAAUUACAUUGCACGAUUUGGCCAUGGUAGUGCCAAGCUGGCCAGGCAAGCUCAGAGCAAGGAGAAGACCCUUCAAAAAAUGAUGGCUUCUGGCUUGACAGAGAGAGUUGUGAAUGAUAAGCUGGCACCUUCCCUUCCAUUACAAGAAGAUUUUGUUUACCACUGGAAGGCAAUCACUCAUUAUUACAUAGAGACAUCAGAUGACAAAGCUCCUGUGACUGAUACCAACAUUCCCUCUCACCUGGAACAGAUGUUGGAUAUUCUAGUUCAAGAAGAAAAUGAGCGGGAAUCAGGGGAAACAGGACCAUGUAUGGAAUAUCUGCUACAUCACAAGAUUUUGGAGACACUCUACACACUAGGAAAAGCUGAUUGUCCUCCAGGAAUGAAGCAGCAAGUUUUGGCUUUUUAUACAAAACUUCUUGGAAGAAUACGGCAGCCUCUGCUUCCCCACAUAAAUGUAUAUAGGCCAGUGCAGAAAUUAAUUAGGCUAUGUGGUGAAGUUCUGGCAACACCAACAGAAAAUGAAGAAAUUCAAUUUCUCUGUAUAGUGUGUGCAAAGCUGAAACAGGAUCCGUACUUGGUCAACUUCUUCCUUGAAAAUAAGUUAAAAGCAAUGGCUUCCAAAGGAUCAGCAAGUGUAAUCACAGAAGACAUGCUAAAAGGCCAGGACUCUUUGGCAACAGACACGGGACAGCCUGUUCAGUCUGAAGAAACCCCCAGUGCUGCUGGAGCAGAGCAAAUGGAGAAGGAAGAUGACCUCCCGCAGCAGGCAGAUGAUCUCUCUUUCAGUCUGGAUGAACUAAAUGUCACAUCAUCACCUGAGUCCUCCACUGUUGGUCCAAAUCAAGACUAUAAUUUAGUGAAUUCUCUACUAAACCUCACUAAAAGUCCUGAUGGCCGGAUUGCAGUGAAGGCCUGUGAAGGCCUCAUGCUCUUGGUGAGUUUGCCAGAACCAGCAGCUGCCAAGUGCCUGUCUCAGAGCACUUGUUUAUGUGAACUGUUGACAGACAGGCUGGCCACCCUCUACAAAGCCUUGCCUCAGUCACUGGAUCCUUUAGACAUUGAAACAGUGGAGGCAAUUAACUGGGGUUUGGAUUCCUAUAGCCACAAAGAAGAUGCAUCUGCUUUUCCAGGGAAAAGAGCGUUGAUUUCUUUUCUCUCAUGGUUUGACUACUGCGAUCAACUCAUCAAAGAAGCACAAAAGACUACUGCUGUUGCUAUGGCAAAAGCUGUGCGGGAACGAUUUUUCAUUGAUGUUAUGGAACCCCAGCUGAUGCAAACUUCAGAGAUCGGAAUCCUGACAUCAACUGCACUGUUGCAUCGCAUCGUGCGCCAAGUGACUUCAGAUGUCCUGCUUCAGGAAGUAGUUUAUUUUAUCCUGGGUGAGCAUAGAGAGCCAGAGACUUUGGCAGACAUCAACAGACACCCGUUGCGACACAGGUUGAUCGAACACUGUGAUCACAUUUGUGAUGAGAUCAGCAUCAUGACUUUACGAAUGUUUGAGCACCUUUUGCAGAAGCCCAAUGAGCACAUUCUUUAUAAUUUGGUUCUGAGAAAUUUAGAAGAAAGAAACUACAUAGAAUACAAGCCUCUCUGUCAAGAAGAUAAAGAUGUGGUAGAAAAUGGACAAAUUGCAGGGGCAGUAGACCUAGAGGAAGAUCCAUUAUUUACUGAUCUAUCUCCAGAUAACACGUUAUCAACUCAAGAGUGGCUUAGUGCUUCUCCACCUGUCAGUCCAGAACAUUCAAAAAAUGAUGGGAAGACUGAAGUUCAUAAAAUUGUAAAUAGUUUUCUCUGUCUUGUACCUGAUGAAGCUAAGUCAUCAUACCAUGUGGAGGGUACAGGCUAUGACACUUACCUCAGAGAUGCCCACAGACAAUUCCGGGAUUAUUGUGUCAUCUGUUUACGGUGGGAGUGGCCUGGAUCUCCCAGAUCUUUGGAAAAGUGCAAUUUAGAAGCGUCAUUUUUUGAAGGACACUUCUUGAGAGUCCUCUUUGAAAGAAUGGGCAGGAUUCUUGAUCAGCCCUAUGAUGUAAAUUUACAAGUUACGUCAGUGUUGUCCAAACUGUCCUUGUUUCCCCAUCCUCAUAUACACGAAUACCUUUUGGAUCCUUAUGUAAACCUGGCUUCUGGCUGCAGGUCUCUCUUCUCUGUCAUUGUCAGGGUCGUUGGGGACCUCAUGGUUAGAAUCCAGCGCAUCCCAGAUUUCACUCCCAAACUUCUGCUGGUCAGAAAACGCCUGCUGGGAUUGGAGCCAGAAGGGCCCAUCAUUGACCACAUGACGUUACUAGAGGGCGUGAUUGUGCUGGAAGAAUUCUGCAAAGAGCUGGCAGCGAUUGCUUUUGUGAAGUAUCAUGCCUCAUCUACACCAUAA